AUGGCUGCCCAAAAAUCCCAACAGGCCAAGGCCUUUGUGGUCGAACAUCUGGAUCCCGAGCUCGGUCCGUGGUCAGCCUUGGAAUACGCUGCCAUUGCCCGCGAAUCUCAUGCGAGCGGCGCGCGCUUCUUGCUGAGCUCGGUUCCUGCAGAGUUGCAGAUGCCUGCCGAGUUGGCCGCUACCCAGGGACUGGAGGUUGAGCAGCGCGGGGUGGAAGAGAUCUUUGCGGAUCGCAAAGAAAAAGUGUGUCUGCUGGAUCCCUCCGCGACGACGGAAUUGAGCCCGGAGGAUGGUGACGCCUUUGAGGUGUUUUUGUUUGGUGGUAUUCUCGGCGAUGAUCCCCCACGCGAUCGCACCUCUGAGCUCCGAAAGAAGGGCUACACGGGCCGCCGCCUCGGUCCCAAGCAGAUGACAACGGACACUGCUGUUCGUGUCACUCGUAUGAUUGUGCAUGAUCGAGUUCCCCUGGAAGAGAUCCCCUACGUGGACUAUCCAGAGAUUUUCAUCAACGAGCACGAGCGAACUGAAAUGCCGUUCCGCUACGUCAAGGAUGCUCAGGGCGAGCCGAUCAUGCCUGCAGGCAUGGUCGACCUGAUCAAAAACGACGCCGACAAGGGGGUUGGCGAUCUUUUCUAA